GUGGCCCCGCCCUGCUCUCCCCAUAACUUGAGUGUGAGUGAUCUUCGUGUUUUGCUGUGAUUUGGCUGCUCGUUAAGGACCACCGCAGUACUUUUGCUCCUUCUUCCUUGCAACACUUCCAACAUUUCCCCCCUCCUCCACCUCCGGGAAACACAACUUUAAAAAUCCGCUGCUUUAAAAAAAGGUGGGAAGAUGAACAUCCGUCCUCCACUUUAGGAAGAUACUUUCACUGGCAAGGCUCCCGCUCCUACUUUUUGUGCGUUUUCCCCUUCCCUUUAUCGAUCACGAUCUAUUACCAGCAAGCUGCAUGGCUGUCAGAUUGUCACUUACAUGACGUUAAGGGCUAUGAGUGCAGUGCCUGGCCAAGACGAGGGCGGACAGGCAGGCGGAAAAAACUACCACUUUCUGGAGUCAUUUAGCUUAUUCCUCAAUUUUUUGUUCCUUUAAGGAUAUAUAACACCGAUUGUAGCCAGGUCGGUGUAGGAGACGACCAUGCAGCCUUAACUGUAAGCUAGCCAUUAGCUAGUUAGCAAGUCGCCCCCCAACAACAACAACAACAGUGUUCGAAGACAGCAAGCUAGCCAUGGAGGGACAUGGCCAACAGAAAACAACCCCACUCACGCGGGACCUGACACGGAUAUUCAGCAGCUACAACAAACACUCCAUUCUGCUUAAAAAGAACCUGAAGGAGACCAAUGUGUUCUUCCGGGAAAUCAGGCAAAACUACAGCAACGCUUGUGCAUCCGCCAUGAGCUCCGAGUCCGCUUCCCUGGAGGCAGGGCAACUGAGCUGCAUCGCCUUCCCCAGCCACGAAGAAGAGUUCCUACGCAACACAGUGGGCGCUGCCCCGUACAUCCUGGUGCUGGGCCAGAACUGCACGGCUCGCUAUCAGCUGCUUAACGGCCUGCUGGGAGAGAGACUGCUCCCGCUGGGGCCCGAGGCCGGCGAGGCUUGCGGAGGCAUCCAGGGCACGGCGUGCAAGAGGCGCAAGCUGUGUUUCACCCAUGGAAGGCAGACGCGGCUCAGCCUGGCGCUGCCCGGCCAGUACGAACUGGUGCACCAGCUGGCGGCCAACCGCGGCCGCUGGGACACGGUGCCCCGGGAAGACCUGGAGAUCCACGAAGAGUGCGAGGACCCGGCGCACAGGCUGGCAGAGCUGGAGAUCACCCUGCAUCAUCCUCUACUUCAGGAAGCAAAGGUCAUGGUGGUGCCUUGUGCGAGCGUCCAGCCCAUUGAGGAAGCCCUGGACGACUUCACAAGGAACGUCAUUCCAAUCGUACUGUACGCUAUCAAGGAGGACUCCCUAAACGCGGAGCAGGUGGCUGAGCUCUGGAAGGUCAAAGAGAUGCUCCCUUAUUCCAUUUGUUUUGUCCGCAUCCCCGACACCAUGCCCACAGCAUCGCCGGAGCCCAGCCGACGCGGGGAGAAGGAAAAAGAGCGUGAGAAAAGCCCCCUCCACAAGCAGCUUCUCUCCCUCGGGCUCCUCAGUACCUCCAUGGGAAACUGCUCCUGCGGAGCCCCCACGCAGAUGCCCACCCCAGGUGCCAAGCCACAGAGCAUGCUGGGCGAGGCUUUUGACAGACUCCACAGGCUGCUGGUGCCCUUUACGCGCCAGGUGCUUCAAAACCAACAAGUGGAGGCUGCCAACCUGCUGAAUGGACUCCACUGCCGCUGCUUAGAUCUUUUCAUCAAUCAGGCCUUUGACAUGCAGCGAGACCUGCAGAUAACCCCCCGCAGGCUGGAAUACACCCGUGAGAAAGAGACAGAAUUGUUCACGUCGCUUAUGGCCAUCGCCAACCGCAAACAGGAGGAAAUGAAGGAAAUGAUUGUGGAGACGCUAGGCAGCAUGAAAGAUCAGUUGCUGGAGGACGCUGCCAACUUGGAAUUCACAGACGUCAUCGUAACGACCAGUGGCGAUGCAGUGACGUCGAAGGAGAUCAAGUCCUGCAUCCAUCAGAUCCAGGAGCUGAUUGUGGUGCGUUUGAAUCAGGCUGUGGCCAACAAGCUCAUCAGCUCUGUGGACUACUUGAGAGAAAGCUUUGUCGGCACAUUGGAGCGAUGUCUCAGCAGUCUGGAGAAGUCCCACAACGAUACGUCCGUGCACAACAUCACCUCCAAUCACCUGAAACAGCUAUUAAACGCCGCCUACCACGUGGAAGUAACCUUCCAUUCGGGAUCUUCGGUUACGCGACUCGUCUGGGAACAAAUCAAACAGAUCAUCCACAGGAUAACGUUCGUGAACCCUCCUGCCAUCUCGCCAGAGUGGAAGCGUAAAGUAGCCCAGGAUGCCAUUGAAAGUCUCAGCGCUGCCAAACUGGCCCGAAGCAUCUGCUCCCAGUUCAGAACCCGUCUCAACAGCUCCCACGAGGCCUUUGCUGCAUCUUUACGCCAGCUGGAGGAAGGUCACACGGGGCGACUGGAGCGCACCGAGGACCUGUGGCUGCGCGUAAGGAAGGACCACGCUCCUCGACUCGCCCGCCUGUCGUUGGAGAGCCGCUCCCUCCGAGAUGUUCUGCUACAUGGCAAACCUAAACUGGGCCGGGAGUUGGGGCGGGGCCAGUAUGGAGUUGUGUACUUGUGUGAUAGUUGGGGGGGACACUAUCCAUGUGCCCUGAAGUCUGUGGUGCCGCCGGAUGAUAAACACUGGAAUGACCUGGCUUUGGAGUUUCACUACACAAGGACCCUGCCCAAGCACGAGCGGCUGGUCGACCUGCACGGCUCCGUCAUCGACCACACGUAUGGCGGCGGCUCCAGCAUUGCCGUGCUGCUCAUCAUGGAGCGGCUGCACAAAGACCUCUACACCGGCCUCAAGGCUGGUUUGUCGCUGCGGGAGAGGCUGCAGAUCGCUCUGGACGUGGUGGAGGGGAUUCGCUUCCUGCACAGUCAGGGUCUCCUGCACAGAGAUAUUAAGCUCAAGAAUGUCCUGCUCGACAAGCAGAAUCGUGCAAAGAUCACCGACCUGGGCUUCUGUAAACCGGAGGCCAUGAUGUCCGGCAGCAUCGUCGGGACCCCCAUCCACAUGGCCCCGGAGCUCUUCACGGGGAAGUACGACAACUCCGUUGACGUUUACGCCUUCGGGAUCCUCUUCUGGUACCUCUGCACCGGCUCCGUCAAACUCCCAGAAGCCUUUGAGAAAUGCUCCAGUAAGGACCAGCUGUGGAAUAAUGUUAAGAAAGGUGCCCGACCCGAGCGCUUGUCGUUGUUUGACGAGGAGUGCUGGCAGCUGAUGGAGGCCUGCUGGAACGGUGACCCUUCCCAGAGGCCCCUGCUGGGCAUUGUGGAGCCCAGCCUGCAAAGCAUCAUGGUCCGCCUCUGCAGCUACGACUCAGACCUGAAAAGCAGCAGCCUGGAGGACUCGAACUGAAAAAAAAAAAAAAAGGCACUCCCCGCAGAGUAAAAGAAGCGCACACAAGGUGUUUUUGUCGUAUUUAUGAACGGAGGACUGUCGUCCUCCCGACUCACGGUUGAUGUAAUUUAUGAAGAAGAAAUGUUUUAUUGUUGUGCACUCGUGCUCGUUAAAGAAAACGUUACCAGAUGCAACUUUUAAAUAAGUCCAGUGUUGUCAUGAAAAAAAUCUAUUCAUCAAAUAUUUUAGAUUGUAUUUAAUGUCUGCAUACAUACAAGCAUCUUUCUUUUUUAAUAAAAAUGAUCUGUUACAACAAAUCACAUCCUCUUUUUU